AUGGCAGGGAUUGUUUCUCUAAAUGCAGUCACGUCGCAGUUCAUUUGCAUAUUCGAGGCACGCGGACACCAUUUGGAAGUACGGGUGGGCACAGGGGUCACUAUUCGAGAAUGGCGAAGUGACGAGACGGCGCAGCGGAAGGGACGAGGACCAUUGGGAGUGGGAGCGGAGCGGCCGAGGCGGUUCCCGACAGAGAGUGAAGAAAUGUCCAACAGCAGCUCCAUCAGCCACUUCCUCCUGCUGCCAUUGGCACACACGCGGCAGCUGCAGCUCCUGCACUUCUGCCUCUUCCUGGCCAUCUCCCUGGCUGCCCUCCUGGCCAACGGCCUCAUCAUCAGCGCCGUAGCCUGCGGCCACCUCCUGCACAGCCCCAUGUUCUUCUUCCUGCUCAACCUGGCCCUCAGCGACCUGGGCUCCAUCCUCACCACUGUCCCCAAAGCCAUGCACAAUUCCCUCUGGGACACCAGCAACAUCUCCUAUGAAGGAUGUGUCAUCCAGCUCUUUUUCUUCGCCUUUUUCAUUGCAACAGAGUUUGCCCUUCUCACCGUCCUGUGCUACGACCGCUACAUGUCCAUCUGCAAACCCCUGCACUACGGGACCCUCCUGGGCAGCAGAGCUUGUGCCCACAUGGCAGCAGCUGCCUGGGCCAGUGCCUUUCUCUACGCUCUGCUGCACACAGCCAAUACAUUUUCCCUGCCUCUGUGCCAUGGCAAUGCCCUGGGCCAGUUCUUCUGUGAAAUCCCACACAUCCUCAAGCUCUCCUGCUCACACUCAAAACUCAGGGAACUUGGGCUCACUAUGCUUAGCGCUUUUCUAUAUUUUGGCGGUUUUGUGUUCAUUGUUUUCUCUUAUGUGCAGAUCUUCAGAGUCGUGCUGAGGAUCCCCUCUGAGCAGGGACGGCACAAAGCCUUUUCCACCUGCCUCCCUCACCUGGCUGUGGUCUCCCUGUUCCUCAGCACUGGCACAUUUGCCUACCUGAAGCCCCCCUCCAUCUCCUCCCCAUCUCUGGAUCUGUCAUUGUCAGUUCUGUACUCGGUGGUGCCUCCAGCCCUGAACCCCCUCAUUUACGGCCUGAGGAACCAGGAGCUCAAGGCUGCAGUGUGGACACUGAUCACUGGAAAAUUUCACAAACACUAA